GUUUUAAGCUCCAUGAUUUUACAAGUGAAGUUUGCCGAUCUGAAAGGAUUGUUUGAUCCAGCUGCACGAUGAACAGGGUCCAAGUUGGUAGCAAGUGUACGUACGCAAGCUUUGUUGCGAGUGGUGGUCAUGCCCCCAAGCAGGACUCAUACCUACCCUGCUGUGUCCUCAACGCCGCCGUGGAGCAGGUGCCAAUCCGUGGUUGUUGUGCUAAAGCACUAAAAUCUUACACUUGUAGGGGACUCCGGGCGGUCUUUGGUCGAAUUUAGCGAGCGAGGUUACUGCAGGACUGGUGCUCACCUUUUAUAUUUGAUUCAGAAAACCACCAACUUCCAAGAUGCCCAGCAAAAAGUCUUCUACCAAGUUUUGACUCAAGGGGAAAACGCGCCCGUGUAGUACCCAGUCAUGGUCUCCCGUUCGGCAUCGUAAUACGACGGCGCACUCAUGGCCUACCUUGUCGAAACCCACGAUUGGGCGAGCGUGGAUGAUGGGAACCAAGGGAGAAAGCACCUCCAAGCCGAGAUUUGUCAGCUCGCCCGAUUGUAUCUACACCCGCUGCCGUGUUAUCAGGUCUUUGACGAGUCUUCAACCGGAUCUCGGAAUGACAAGAUCAUCAUCACGGCUCGAGAAGAUGGAACCCUGAGGGGCUUCACAUCAGCAUUAUACCUAUCGGUGGCCGGUAUGGAAAGCCCAAUACUGCAUACGGGCAUAACUGUCAUCCACGAACAACAUCGAAGGGCCUCGGUGAAAAAGCUUCUUUUCGCGAGACUAUUCACACAUGUUUUGCAGAGUUUUCCCCGAGGGAUCUGGCUUUCAAGCCUAGCCGAGGUCAUCACCUCACUCGUGCAUGUUGGCAAGUACGUAGGGGAUGUGUAUCCAUCUCCUUCCUGGGAGGCAGCACACGGCAAGCAUAGCCCGUCUGAUCAACACCUACGUAUUGCAAGAGCUAUUGAUAGGAAUUACCGUCCGAUAAUGAACAUCUCCCCAGCAGCUGGGUUCGAUGAGCACGAGUUCGUAUUUCGAGGCUCCAACGAUUGGUGUGGUGGCCGGGCUUUCAUGAAAGAUGUCGCUGAUGUCACAAAUAAGCACCAAGAUCACCAGGCCACUCUGUUCUUCGAGCGACUCUUUCGGCCCAAUGCUGGCGACGAGGUACUGCAGAUCGGGUUUCUCACCGUCGGCAUGCUGAUGGCGGCGGCUGGUGCGGAGGAAGCCGCCGUCCAGAAAAUUGCCACUACUCGGCUAUCCAAGUUGUAACGUCAAACCCUUGCCCAACAUGGUGCCCGGCACGUGUGGCUGGAUCGGCCGUAUCUGGAAUAUCAAGAGCGAAUCGUAGCAGGCUUUGCGGAUUAAUUAACUAUAAAGGUCGGAAGAUAUAAUCGUUGGAUGUGGAGAUGUGCAUGAGGAGUAUGUGAGAAAAAACCGACACUCGUCCGUCCAUCGGCGAUCGGACCAGCAAGCCAGACAUCGAUGGUUUCUGCGACGUACUUUGUAAUAAUUAUGUAUUUUAAAAGCUUCGAUUUACAUGUCUACUCAAUUGACCAAAACAAGAGCAAGGAAACCGUCUAGCUUCCGCGGUUGGGCCCCUUCGUUCCAAAAACACAUGGACGUUUAAUACCUCGACAACGUUAAAUGUUAACUCGCGAGCUUAUAGAACAUUUAUUUUCA